GCACGAAGUCGGUCUUCAAGAAGCACUUCAUGAAUAAGUGCAGUAUUGAGCUUGUCACUUAGGCAUUGACAGCGGAGGAGAGGGUGAUGAGAAUCGAGGGCAUCCGGCUGGGGAAGCACCAGGCCAAUCAGCUCCUAGGUGCAACUGGUGGUAGUUGUGGUCCGAUCACAGGACCGUCUUCCAGCAGUUUCGUGCCUCCGUCAUCACCAAGACAGAGGCCAAGUGAUGGUGAGACACCCUCGUCUGCAGUAUUUGGGACAUGCUUCCCUCCUCCCCCUGGAAGUGGUGGACGGUCGUUGAGACAAACUUUGAUCGAGGAGGCGGACAACAUCAUCACCCAGAACGAGCAGACGACUCGGAAGAUGGAUCGGUGGCUGAUUUGCACGAAUCCGCCAUUCAGCAUGGUGGAGAACUUCUACUUCCUCGAAUUCCUGGAUGCUGUGAAGAAGUGCCAUCCUAGUUGGUGGCCUUGCAAGAGGGACGAGACGGAAUGGUGUUUUGGAAGUCCGUCUCCAUGGAGGGGAGGGAGAAGGGCGUACUUCAAAUUGCUAGACGGGUUGAUCCAGGAGAUCGGUGCGGGGUCCAUUGUCGGUGUUGUGAUGGACAAUGCGAGGGUUUGCACUAAAGCGGGGAAGAUGGUGGAGGCCAAGCACCCUGGUAUUUUUAGUGUGGGCUGCACAACGCAUGCCUUGGAUCUGGCCCUGGAGGACAUGUACAAGUGCAUGGACUGGCUGAAAGCGGUCGUCGACAAGGGCAAUCAAGUUGGCAAGUUCUUCACCAACGUCGACAAGGUCCGCACAACGCAACUCAAGCGUCCGACGGCCACAAGAUUCGCGACGAACUUUGAGAUGCUUCAGUCGCUGAAGACGGGGAAGAAUCCAUUGGAGCUCUUUGUCUGCAACACGACAUGGGUGGAGAAGUUGGUGAGAGGGGAGCAGGUGGCGGCAUUCAACGCCGUCACCCACAUCAUCAUGGGCACGAACGGAUUCUGGAAGGAAGUUGAUAAGGCCAUGGCGGUGAUGGAGCCACUUGUCAAGCUCCUUCAGGCUGAGAAGGUGGAUGUGGAGAAAAUUUUGAUGGACCGGUGGGCCUUCAUGACAUCAGAGCUGCAUUGUGCGGCCGCCUUCCUCGACCCCGAGUACAGGACGCACACCUUGCGAGACACGGAGAUUCGCGAGGGGUUCAACAUCUGGCUUUACUGUUGGGCGUCGUCGGAGUUGCUGCAGCGAAAUAUCAGUAGACAGGUGGACAUGUGGGUGCAGGAAUUGGGCACUUUGGGGACACAAAACGCAAGGGAUCAACGAGGGGACAGGGAAGACAUACACAUUCCGUGGAAGGACGACGAGCUGGCAAGAGUGGAAGUGGAUGAGUGGUACGACCAAUGGGCCUCACAGGUUAGGGAAGGGACAUCCGACGAUGCUGCUGCAGCGGAGGUCUGCGUAGACGAAUUGGAAGAUGCCCCGCUAGAGCGCACAUGGCUGCAGAACGAGGAGGAGAACUUUGCAGAUGAUGAGGACGAUAUCGUCGCACUCGGUGCGCUGGAGAGUACAUGGCACGCAAACACGAAGCCCGGAAAGCACCGAGUGCGGGAGUUGCGCAGGAAGUCUGGUGUUGAAGAGCCCGAUCCCGAGUUUGUGUACACCUUGGAAGGCCGUGACCGUGCCUUGAAGGCGCGUCAAACCGGCGAUUGGGUGCAGGGGAGGGAGGCAAUAUCGGGUCGUGGGCGACGCAAGAAGAAGGCAACAGUACCGCACGUUGCCAAAGAACAGCCAGUUCACAAACGAAAGAGAAAGGUUGGGGAGGGGGAUGCACCACCAAAAAAGAAGAGAGGGCGGCCUCCGCUUUCACCCUCAAAGAAGGCUGCAAAAGCAGCAGCACGUGCAGAGGCCGCAAAGGCGGCAGCAGUCGAGGCAACAAGGCCUGCGAAGAGGAGAACGGCUGAGGUGAUCGAAGACGACGAAGAAAAUCCGUGUCGUAACCGAAAAACACAGCCUUCUUCAUCCUCCUCCUCAUCGUCCGAAGAUAGUGCGCCGCAGAAUAUUGAGGAGGAGGAAAUGUCCCAGCAAUCGGACGGUAGUGGAGAGCCGGACGGGGAUGAGUCAGAAGAGGACCCGUCGCAGGCGGAGUCUCACGGGGAGGAACGGUCGAGGGAGGAGGACGAGUAGCCCUUAGGGAAAGAGUAUCUUGAGGGUAGUGUGUCCACUGUCCUUGCUUGCUUUUGUGUUCCCAAAACUACAAAC